UUUGCCAGAAUAAUUAAUUAAUGCUCGUAGUAUUGAGUUUAGGACUGGACAAAUUCAUAAACAAUUAGUAGACUAUUCCGUUUCUUUUCGUGAGCUUACUACAUUCGUCCAUAUUCAAAUCUUCAUGGUCUAAUUUUGAAGAAUGGAGGGAAGAAAUCCUGCUAUUAUUCCUCAGCGGAUUAUUCCUGGAGUAUUAUCGCCUCAAAACGAAAAAGCUUUUCAUUGGGGAUGGCAUGGACUCAUAGCAUGUGGAAGUCAGAAAACUGUUCUCAUCAUUGACCCAAAUACAUUGCAAGUAGUACAGACAUUGGUUAAACAUCGUUAUCCUGUUAACAAGGUCAAGUGGGCUACGGAAAACUAUCAUCAUGAUGUUGCUUCUCCGUACUCACUCAGAGUUGCCUCAGUUGAUACCAGUGGUCGAGUAGUUGUUUGGGAUGUUGCACAAGGGAAUGAACGAGCUGAAUUUAUUGAAAAUGGGAAAACUCUUACUGAUCUGGAAUGGUUAAAUUGUCAAGAUGCUUCACAUGAUUUACUUGUUGCAAUACAUUCUCCAAAUAUGCUUGCAUUAUGGAAUGCAGAUACUGGUACAAAGUUAUGGAGAAAGACAUAUGAUAAUGUUCCCACUCUGCACAGCAUCACCAUUGAUCCAUUUGAGCCUACCCGAUUUGCUGCCCUUGGUUCUGACUGCAUACUAUUUGUGAAUGAUUUCAGUAUAAGCAGACAACCCACAUCUGAUGGCAAGAAGUUUUACAUGUCUGUCGAUAAGGCACAGAAAAAUGUUACACCAACAAGAGUGAAUCUAACUGCAAUGGGACGUGCAGCUAUUUCUGGUAUCCGACUUCUCAUAGGAGAUGAAAAACCAAAAAGCAAUGAGCUCACACUCACAGACUGUCGUCAGCUUUCAUUUUUACCAUCCAUGCGACAUCAUCUAGCCGCUGUUUUUCCACGAGAAAUAUUGAUCUUAGAUGUCAGCGUUCUACAAGCUGUUGCCUCAAUACCUUUAGAAAGGAAUGGAUCCCCUUUCAUGCAGGUGCUACCUGUUCGUCAAAGAGCUGCUUUGUUUUGUGCUCAUGAAAAUGGUUCUUUUUCAUUUCGACUCAGACGGUUUAUGAGAUUGAAUGAAGAAAGCUUAUCAGAGGAAGAUGGCAGCGUAACAGAGUCUUUAUCAUCAAAAGUGGAUUUGAAUUUUGACACUGCAUGUCAUAGUGAGCCAUUUCGUGUAACAAAUCGUAUUCGACCCAUGGCAGCUGCGUUAUGUCCUGUGACUGAACGACAAGCCGCAGUUUUAGUCAGUGAUGGUAGAAUAUUUAUCUGGAAAUUGUCUAGCUCCAAAAAGAGAGAAAAACCAACAAACAGUUCUUCAAUAUAUUCCCCAAGAUUUUUUUUGCCUGCAAUUCCGAGGAAUCAUACGUUAUCUGGUAUUAUAGCUCCGACACAAAAUAUUUUGCCACUCAAUUCAGAAAAGAAUGAUCUUGUUUGGGGAGAUCAGAUCAGUUUAAAAUUCACAAUGGUUGGAUUGUUUAGUUCAUUAUCAUCACAAGUCAGCUGCAUCAAAAUGUGUCCACCACUCACACAUAAAAAUUGGCCACAUUAUCGUCCUUUACUGGCUGUUGGACUGGUCAACGGAAACAUUUUGGUAUUUGACCUUGGCACUGGAAAACUAACAUAUGAAUUUGGUGUUCAUACAUGUGAAGUAAAGGGCAUAGAGUGGAGUGGAUUAAGAAGCAUAAUAUCAUUUGCUUAUCCAACACAAGGCAAUAAUUCAACUGUUAUUAAUGAAAUAUCAACGACUAAUCUUCAAAGUGGAAGGACUGUUCCAUUCCGUACUGAUAAAGUCAACGAAUCUCCUAUAAACUUCAUAAAGAUCUCAAGCAAAAAACAAUAUUUGAUGAUCGUUUUUCAUGACAAACCAAUUGAAUUGUGGGAUAUCAGAACUCUGUGUAUUCUGAAAGAAUUGCCAAAGUCUUUUCCAACAAUUCAUGCAGUGGAAUGGGCACCAGCUCACACUGUGAAGAAAAAACAAGAAGAUGGACAAGCAGGAGAGUCAGAAAUGAUUCAUACAAAAGAACAUCUCGUGUUAACUGAUUCAGCUGCAACACUAUAUCAUUGUAUUGCUGAAGGUUCAUCCUUCAAGCAAGGAUCCAGAAUUCCACAUAUAAGUGAAAGAAAUUCGACAACCACUUGUAUAUCUUGGAAGCAUGAUCAUAUUUUUAUGGGAGACACAGAUGGAACAGUUAGUAUUUGGAAUCUGAAGACUAAAUUAUCAAAAGGAAUACCUACACACAGGGGUUGGGUGAAAAAAGUAAGGUUUGGACCAGGAAAAGGAAAUUUGAAUUCACUUGUUUUAUUCGAAGAUGGAUUAGAAAUCUGGGAUGCUGAUGAUGGGAUCGCAGUCAGUGCUGUCAAGACACCAAAACAGUUGCCCAAAAUCAUAGACGUGGAUUGGUGUGCAUCAGAUAAACUAGUUUUAUCGUGUGAAAAUGGACAAAUAUUAAUUAUGGAUUCUGCUCUGACUCUACCACCACCUAACCUACCAACAGCAGAACUUUAUUACUGGAAAUCAUUAUCAUGUCCUUAUCUUUUACCAACAAAGCCAGCGCUGAUUAUGAAAGCCUUAUUACAACAUGGAAAGUUGAGUGUUGAAUCAUUGGGUGAUGACUUUGGAUACAAAGCUGUCAUACAAAAUGCAAUAAAUGCUCUUCCUGCCAAUAUGAAAGAGUUUAUUUUGAAAAACGAAAACACACUAGCAAGAUGUACAGCUGUCGCCAGAAUAUUUGGAGAUGAAUCUGAGAUACAUUUAUGGGAAACGUUUUCAUAUUAUGCAACAAACAAAAACAUUGAACCUGACAAACCAAUGGUCACUGACACAAAUCUGGACACUUUAUGUGAUUGUGAAAUAUUUGGAUUGAAUGAACUUCAACGUUCAUACAGACAUGGACUUUUGAGAAAUUCGCCAGGACAUACAAAGAAAUGUAUUGAGAAUCUUGUUCUGUUUGGCCAGGUUGACAAAGCGAUUAAUCUUAGUUUGGAGACUGAACCUACAAGCAGUAGUUAUUAUGAGGAUUGUUUGAAGUCAUGUCUUCUUGCUUCAUUAAAAUGUAAUCCUGAAUCAUCACAGAGUAGUGUCAAGCUUGUUUCUACUAAUCUGAUUGCUAACGGAAGGCUACAAGAGGGAGUUGAGCUUCUAUGCAUGAUAAACAAAUCGCUUGAUGCUUGUCGAUAUCUUGCUAGUCAUGGACAAUGGGAACUAGCUGUAUGGUUGGCAAAGAUUCGAUUGACUGGAACUGAAUACGAAGAAAUUAUGAUCAGAUGGGCAAAUCAUUUAUGUUCACCCAGAGUCAACAACAAGUCAAAGGCAAUCCUUGUAUAUUUAUCUCUGAGAAAGUUUUCGAGGGUUUUGGAAACAUUUUAUCAAAUGCGAUAUUUUGAUAGAGCGGCAAUGUUUGCGCAAAUAUGUCAUGAAUUGAAUGUACUGGAAGAUGAUCAGAAACUCAAACCCCUAAUUGAGUCAAUUCAUUCUGAGUAUGCACGAUUCCUUCAACAGCUUGGAUGUGAAGGGGAGUUGGUUACAAUACAUUCUGCACAAGCUGGAGAGACUGAUAAAAAUGAAAUGAAUGAAGCAGCAAGUGAUGACACAAACUCUAGCACUUCAAGUGGAGUAAUGAUAUCGUCACCAAGUAGUAAUUCAGAUGACUAUGAGAAAGUUGGUUGAUCAUGUGUAAGAUAGGAUAAUACGUAUUUUCAAGUUCUAAGAGGGUUGUCAGACUGCAAUGCAUCUGUGUAGUGUGUAUCAAAACUCUUGAAACAUAAAAUAGUCAUCUUUAUUCUUGUUACAGUACUCUUGCAUACAGAUUCCUAAGCGCAAACCCAUAGAGGAAAAUAGUUAUCGAUUCAAAUCGAUAGUCUUUUCAAUUUGCUCUACUCAUGUUACACAAUGGGUGUGAUUAAUGUUGAAUAUAAGUUGUAUAGAGUUGCAUAGAAUAUAGACUCUCGAUAAGAUAUAAAAACUUUUUUUGCUGCCAAAAUUUUGCGUGUUUUUGUAAUUUAUGAGCACAAUUUCAUAUGAAAUUCAGUAUGAUUUAGCUGGAAAUUUUCUGACAUUGAGUCCUUAGUAUGUAUUUGAACGCUACCCUAUUGUUAUGAAAUGUGGAUGAUGCCGAUUUUUUGUUAAAAAAAACUAUUAUUAUAGAAUAUAUUUGAAAAAGGGGCCAUGUAAUAUACUCGCUAGUCACUACUAAUCAUUCAUUAACUAAGUUUUAUUCGAAUCAUUUGCCAUGAUUGCUUUUUUGUUAUCAAUAUUGACCACACUAUAUAAUAAUAUGCUGAGAAUGUGUAAAACAAACAUAAAAAUUUAGCCUCAUAUGAUAAUUCAUUUCACAUCUGAAUGAUCUUUCAAAUUAUGUAAAUAUUAUUUUUGCUUAUUAUUGUGCAAUGUUAAUCUUUUCUCAAUAAAUUAAGGUACUUUGAA